UGGCCACGAAUCGAUUGUACGAUAAGCGGAGAAACAAACUUAAACAAUAGCACGUACUAAUUACAGUGCUUUAGUGGGCAGCGAGCUCGGACUAGGUCCGAUUUAGUCACGGAUCGACCGCCAUGCGAAACGCUAUCUGGUUUCUCGCAGUGCUGGGGGCUUUCUCGCUCGACAGCCCUCUGGUUUUAUGCGGAUAUCUGGAGGAUAAUUUUCCAGCGAGCGUGAUAGAGGAUGCCCACCUGAGCACGAUACAACUCCUGGAGAAAUACAAGCACCCAGCGGAAUCCCAUCAGGUGACCACGGAUGAUAAGUAUGUCCUGACCCUGCAUCGCAUUCCACGACCUGGUGGAAGGCCAGUUCUGCUAGUUCAUGGCCUGGAGGACACCUCUUCCACGUGGAUUGUGAUGGGUCCGCACAGUGGCCUGGGCUACUUUCUCUACGCCAACGGGUACGAUGUGUGGAUGGGCAAUGUCAGGGGGAACCGCUACUCCAAGGGCCAUGCAAAACUCAACAGCAAUACGGACAGGGCCUAUUGGAGCUUCUCGUGGCACGAGAUCGGGAUGUACGACCUGCCGGCCAUGAUCGAUGGGGUUCUGGCAAAGACGGGACACCAGAAACUGAGCUACAUCGGCCACUCGCAGGGAACCACUUCGUUCUUCGUGAUGGCUUCGAGUAGGCCUGAGUACAAUGCCAAGAUCCAUGUGAUGAGUGCCCUGGCACCUGUGGCCUUUAUGAAGCACAUUAGGGCGCCCCUUAUGGGCAUGGCCCGCAUGGGAAUCAACGUGUUCGGUGAAAAUGUCGAGCUCUUUCCACACUCCUUUCUGUAUCUCAAGCAAUGUUUUGCAUCCGCUGGCCUGCAGAAGACCUGUAUGCGCUUCUAUUGGCAGAUUGUGGGAAAAAAUCGGGAGGAGCUAAAUAUGACCAUGUUUCCGGUGGUGAUGGGCCAUAUUCCUGGUGGCUGCAAUAGCAAACAGCCACUCCACUACCUCCAACUGCAGACCUCCGAUCGAUUUUGUCAGUUCGACUACGACCCCAAGGAGAACCAGCGGCUGUACGGACAGAGCUCUCCGCCGGACUACCGCCUGGAGAGGAUCACCGCCCCGGUGGCCUUGUACUACGGCAGCAGUGACAACCUCGCGGCCGUGGAGGAUGUCCAGCGGUUGGCGAAGCUACUGCCCAACGUGGUGGAGAACCAUUUGUACCGCAAGUGGAACCACAUGGACAUGCACUGGGCCAUUAGUUCGCGGCGAUCGGUCCAGCCCAGGAUUCUGCAGGUGCUGCAGUACUGGGAGGCCAGUGGAGGACACACGGCUGUGACCACAGGCUCAUCGGUGGAGGAGGAAGUGCCGCAGUUGACCACUGAGCCAUCGACGGUUGAGGAGCAGGAGGAUGCUGGCAGUGCUGCAGGAAAUGAGGAGCAGCGUGAAAAAACUCCAGAGGAUAAUGGAGAGGAAAAAGAUGAGGCAGUUGCAGUUACCAAUCCCACUUCGGAGCUGUAGAAUAAAGUGUUAUUUUUUGUGCGAGGAGUAACUAUGUUAAAUGAUUGGU